AUGGACAUCGACGCAUUACAGGAUAAUCUUGUCAGUGUUGCCUUUUGUGAUAUAAAUUCUGAGAUUUAUUCCCAAGACUUCCUUACAAACACCGUAGAUGCUUUGAAACUAGAAAACGAAACGAUCAAAAAGGAGACAGAUGCGUUAAAACGCCGUCUUGACCAACAGGCCCAACGUCUAACUGUCACUCGAAAAGAGUGUCACCGUCGCCGUCUGCUUCUUCUUGCGCAACAACAACUGAUGGACUCUGGUCCACAAUCAUACCACCAAUGUCCGCAUUGCCCCAAGGCCUUCAUCAACGCUUCAUUUCUCAACGCCCACCUCUAUCGCAGGCAUGUGGAGGUCGUCACGGCCCUCCAAGCCAUUGACCUCAACCAAGACCACAUUGAUCGCUCUGAUAAAGGAGGGAACCUUCAAAAGGAAAAGCCUGCCAUCGACAAGUCCUCCGGUUUGACGUCCAAUUUGGAGCACCAGAUUCAGGAAGUUCUGGGCCACAUAAAGACCCAGCCGCCUUCACUACCGCCAACCCAGUUGGCUUCGGCCAUUGUUCAAACGGUUGAGGUGAACGAGGGGUCAGGUGAUUACCACCCUCCUACACUUCCUCCUGCUCCCUCUCCCACAGCAACCUGGAAGAAGCGAACUGCGGAACUGGAACGGCAACUUCAGGAGGAGCGUGAAAGAAUGCGCGAGUUGGAAGAACGAAACCGGGCUUGGCAGACGUCUGUUGCUGAACAGCACCGGGUGUGUGAAGCGACCGAUGUCUCUAAUAAACGAGAUUUGUUUGCGGAUGUUGAGCAUGUUCGGGAGAUGUUCGAGGUGGAACUGCGUAAUCUGAGAGAAGAGAAUCUUCAAACCCAGAAAGAACUCAUUCAGCUUCGUCUGAAAGGAGGUAUUGAUGUUCAAAAUAAAUCGUAUGUUGAACCCAAACGGAAGGCUUCUGGGUCACCAAAACGCGUCCUAAACUCCCCUGAAAAAGCAAGUCGGGCGUCUUCGAGCUCAGCGUUUCCAGUAGUCGAGAUGGUGAACAAUGCCAACAAAACCGACCAGCUAGUUAGCUACAGCUGGCCGACAGUUACCACGACAUCGAGCUUCAACGACGUCGUAGUUGGCCCGCAGCAAACGUGUGCCGUAUAUUUGGCGUCGACUGCCACCUCACCGACCGCGCCCAGACGGCAUUCCAGGCGACAACAGACCGACAGGAGCCUAGACGAACACAGGUUGCUUCCAACACGCACAAGCACCUCAGUUCAGGUGACUCUGGAUGAUGCGAACCUGAGGCUAUCCAAAGACACUUCCACCAGACUCCAGCAACAGGCUCCACGCAAGGCCAAGGAGGUUGUUGUGGAGGGUGUAGUCAUCAGGACGGAGGACGAGGUGGAGAGAGUGAGGUGCAUUCAUCAGCUACCCUGUGCCAUUUCCACGCCGCGGGCUCCACUUCCUUCGGUAGAUGUAGUUUUCGCGUUGGUUGCCAUGACAACCGUUGCCUGCGUGUUUUCUCCACCCAAGCGCUUUCGCAGUGGUGGGAAUGUUGCGUUUUGUCGUUCCGACAUUGAACUGAGAAUUGAUCCCACGGAAGGUGUAAGACCCUACAAGGAGCAGUUAGAGCAACUCCGCCAAGACCCGAACGCAUUGAAACGUCUACGAAAGGAGGUGGAGGCGUUGCUGAUGGAGCAGCUGAUUGACCAUGACAUUCAGGCGGAUGCCAGAGGGCUUCCACGUGGCAAGUUCAACGGGACAAUUGAUACUCUUGGUCAGGAAAGGCAGCAGCUGGAGCGUAAGCACCCUACGUUCGCGGAGAUACGUGCUUCAUUAUCUCGACAGGUGGACCGCAUGGCUCUGGUGGCGUUGCAUUCAAAACGCGAGCGCCGGGAACCUCUAAGUGGCGACGGUGAUGGUGCAGCCUCCUCCUCCUUCAAGAAGCCUCGAGCAUCUCGGUCGUCGGAGAGAUCGAUAUCAGCGCGACCGACAAGCGGACGUCCCGCCUCCCUCACCUCCAUCACCCCGACCCUCUCGCCGAUCGCGGAGAGACCGCGCCUCGCCAUGGUGAGCCCCGCCAUGCGCAGACCCAACGAGGCGCAUUCGACACAGUCAUUAUUCGAAGAGUCUGAGGAAGAGGAGGUGGAUAGCGACGUAACUGCUCCAGUUCACAAGUAA